CUGAUUGGCUGUCGGGCCUUCGGUCUCCAGACGGAUCGUCCUGGUAAACAAAGCUGCUCCGCCGGUUCCUUCAUCCACCAGCGAGCGCUGCUUUUAGGGGAAGAAAUGAGCAGAAACGCGUCCGUGUAGCCGGAUACCCCCAGGAGACGGAGACUCCAGCCCGGACCUGGGAGCUGCCAUGAGCCGGCCUGAGCUUUGACCGGACGAUAAUGGCUGCUGAGCUGUUUCCCACCAAGAAGCUGGUCCCCUCCGCCUCCAUCCAACAGUACCAGAACCAGAACCUGACGAACAACAACACCCAGGGCUGCUGCAACUGGCAGGGCCUGUACCCGACCAUCCGAGAGAGGAAUUCAGUCAUGUUCAACAAUGAGAUGAUGGCAGACGUUCACUUUGUGGUUGGGCCUCCAGGUGGGACGCAGCGGGUCCCGGGACACAAGUACGUUCUGGCCGUGGGCAGCUCCGUGUUCCACGCCAUGUUCUACGGAGAACUCGCCGAGGAUCAGGACGAGAUCCGGAUCCCGGACGUGGAACCUCCGUCCUUCCUGGCCAUGUUGAAGUACAUCUACUGCGAUGAGAUCGACCUCUGCGCUGACACGGUACUCGCCACCCUCUACGCCGCCAAGAAGUACAUCGUGCCUCAUCUGGCUCGGGCCUGUGUCAACUUCCUGGAGACCAGCCUUAGCGCCAAGAACGCCUGCGUGCUGCUGUCUCAGAGCUGCCUGUUCGAGGAGCCCGACCUGACGCAGCGCUGCUGGGAGGUGAUCGACGCCCAGGCCGAGCUGGCGCUGCGCUCCGAGGGCUUCUGCGACAUCGACGCCCAGACGCUGGAGAGCAUCCUGCGGCGGGAGACGCUGAACGCCAAGGAGAUGGUGGUGUUUGAGGCGGCGCUGAGCUGGGCCGAGGCCGAGUGCCAGAGACGAGACCUGCCGCCGACCAUCGAGAACAAGCGGCUGGUCCUGGGUAAGGCCAUCUACCUGAUCCGGAUCCCCGCCAUGGCGCUGGAGGACUUUGCCAACGGCGCAGCGCAGUCAGGCGUUUUGACGCUCAAUGAGACCAACGACAUCUUCCUGUGGUUCACCGCCGCCAAGAAGCCCGAGCUCUUGUUCUGCACCAAACCUCGUAAAGGCCUGGCGCCACAGCGCUGCCACCGCUUCCAGUCUUGCGCCUACAGGAGCAACCAGUGGCGGUACCGAGGCCGCUGCGACAGCAUCCAGUUCGCCGUGGACAAGCGCGUCUUCAUCGCCGGCUUCGGCCUGUACGGCUCCAGCUGCGGCUCGGCCGAGUACAGCGCCAAGAUCGAGCUGAAGCGUCCGGGCGUGCCGAUGGCCCAGAGGAUCAUCAAGUACUUCUCGGACGGCUCCAGCAACACCUUCCCCGUCUGGUUCGAGUAUCCGGUUCAGAUCGAGCCCGACACCUUCUACACGGCCAGCGUGGUGCUGGACGGCAACGAGCUCAGCUACUUCGGCCAGGAGGGCAUGACGGAGGUGCAGUGCGGCAAAGUCACCUUCCAGUUCCAGUGCUCGUCAGACAGCACCAACGGCACUGGGGUCCAGGGAGGACAGAUCCCUGAGCUCAUCUUCUACGCCUGAGGAGGACGCCGGCGAGUCAAAGAGUUCCUCCAGCAGCUCGGAGAAAAGACGAGUCGACAAACACAUGCUACUGUCAAAAAAAAACAAGACGCUGAUCGAGCGACGCAUUGAUCCACUAAUGUAGAGCAUCACCACAAUCUGUUGUUAACACUAAAAGAUGAAACACAUACGAAGAAAACAGCCAUAAAUGUGCAAAAUAACUGUAAACGACCAUCAGAAGGUUCCUGGGAAUCUUCAGGUUUUUAAGGUUUGUCUGAAAUUAAGUGAAAUGUUCCAAACUGUGAACAAACACCGGCUCUAACUCCCUGGUUCCACUUCCUGUUUACGUCUUUUUGUCGGGACUGAGAAACUAUCACUGCCACAUCUCUGAAGGCUCCUUAGGAACCGGAGCAGGUUUCAGUUUGUUGCCUUAAAGAAAACGUUGGUGUGUGAAUCAUUCCUGUCGUUACUGAAGGACUCUCAAAGCGUCAUGAAGCACUAAAGUUUGAAUAUUUCACCUGUCCAGCUGCUGUGUCAGCGCUCACAGCUGAAAAUACAUUCCUGUUUUAUUAUUAUUUUUUUAGUUUUUGUGUGUGUGUUGUUCUUUAAAGUUCUCCUCUUGUGUUUUUAUUUGGAAAUAACCUUGUGUCAUGUUUGUAUCCUUCAUUUUCCUUCACGUCAGAUAUUCCAGUGAGACUCUUCUUCUUCUUCUUCUUCUUUAAAAAUGGAAGAAAAGCUGUUUUUAUACCCGAUUCUAUAGAAAACGUCUAUUUUCUUUUUUUUCUCCCUGUUUUCUUUCCAGACAGAAUGUGCAGUGAGUCAGUGGCCUUAUCGGUGUCGUCGCCGUUGUUGUGACAAGUUUGGAAAUAAAAGAUUCAGUGUAUUAUAAA